AUGGCUGCGAUCGCUCCGCAUUUCCUGUCGCUCAAGUCUAGUGCGGGAUCCCUUCGUCGGUCUGCGAAAUCCCUUCAGCCAGCUCAAAAGAUCGCGCAGGCGUCGCAACAACCGACGCGACGUCGCCUGGCGUUCGCACGGGUUGCAGCGCCGGAACCCGAACCACCCAGAUCCCGAACCGUCGCGCAAACCUCCACCCCGUCGACCAGCACCGCCGCGGCGCCUUUAUCUCCGUCUCCGUCUCCGGCGCUUCGCGAACCUCCCGUUGAGAAGCGGUUAUUCGAGCACGUGAUCGAGGCGCAGCAGUUCAACCGCGAUUUGCUGUCGGAGAUCUUCGAGGUGGCGGACGAGAUGCAGCAGAUCCUCGAGGCGCGCGGCGGCGCGGGGUGUUCGAACAUGCUGCGCGGGUACCUCAUGGCGACGCUGUUCUACGAGCCAUCGACGCGCACGCGGCUGUCGUUCGAAUCCGCCAUGAAGCGGCUCGGCGGCGAGGUGCUGACGACGGAGAAUGCGCGCGAAUUCUCGUCCGCCGCCAAGGGGGAGAGCCUUGCGGACUCCAUCCGCACGGUGGAGGCGUACGCGGACGUGAUCGUGCUGCGGCACUACGAGGAAGGCGCGGCGAAGCUGGCGUCGCAAGUGGCGUCCGUGCCCAUCGUCAACGCGGGCGAUGGGCCCGGCCAGCACCCCACGCAGUCGCUGUUGGACAUGUACACGAUUCAGCGAGAGGUGGGGCGGCUGGACAACAUCCGAGUGGGGCUGGUGGGCGACCUGGCCAAUGGCAGGACGGCGCGCUCCCUGGCGUACCUGCUCGCCAAGUUCCGCAACAACAAGAUCAUCUUUGUCGCCCCGCCCGUCGUCCGCAUGAAGGACGACAUAAAGGAGUAUCUGACAGCACGGGGCGUGGAGUGGGAGGAAUCAGCAGACCUCAUGGACGUGGCGGCACAGUGCGAUGUGGUGUACCAGACGCGCAUUCAGAAGGAGCGGUUCGGCGGGCGCAUGGACGAGUACGAGGCGGCACGUGGCAAGUACAUUGUGGACCGGCGCGUGAUGAACGCGCUCGGGAAGGAUGCCAUUGUCAUGCAUCCGCUGCCCCGACUCGAUGAGAUUACAACGGAUGUGGAUUCGGAUCCAAGGGACCUAGACAUCUCCAGCUUCGCGAACGCGAACGAUUUUGGCGACGCCGCCAGACCUAAUUUCGGGAACGUGGGACUAGCUAGCUUCCACAACGCCACUGUCAAUCCAUUCGGCCAUCCUGAUGACGUGGCAGCGCAUUUCGGCAAUGCCGACCUGGCCGGUGGUGACUCGGAUGGGUCAUUGGUCCCGUGGGAUCCUGACGUGGAUGACGUGGAUCAGACAUUCUAUCCGUUCGUCAUCGAGCCUAGAAGACCACCUCCCGGCGUGCCCUUCGACCCCGCCGGUGCGCCCAGGCCCAGCAACGAGGAGUUCCGCUUGCAAGUGCUCCGCCGCUUCGCCAUCCUCGACACCGAGCCGAAUUCCCGGUUUGACAGAAUCACAGCACUAGCAGCACAAAUUUUUAAGUGCCCCAUCUCACUGGUAGCGUUUGUUGAGGACGACCGUCAGUGGUUCAAGUCGACGUUCGGGCUGCCAGGCGUGUGUGAGACGGACAGGGAGUCGUCCUUUUGUGCCUACAUGCUGCUGCCCAAUCGCAACCCGUGUCUGGUGGUGAAGGACGCGUUGGAGGACAGUCGCUUCGUGCACAAUAAGCUCGUGGUGGGCCCGCCAUACAUCCGCUUCUAUGCGGGGGCGCCAGUCACCACCAGCGGGGGCUUCGUUCUCGGCUCGCUCUGUGUGAUUGACACCGUGCCACACCCCGAGUUCUCGCCCGAGCAAGAGAGCCUCCUCGUUGCCCUCGCCUCCCUCGUCACUCUCGAGAUGGACAAGCACAGCCAGGAGAUAGAGGCGCAGCGCGUGCAGGCAGACAAGUUCGAGGAGGACAAGCGCGGGCUGCUGCUCGCCAUAGACGCCUUCAGCGAGGGGCUGGUCUUAGUGGACGUGUCGCAGCCGAGGCAGCCGGUGGUGUUUGUGAAUGAGGGGUGGGAGGAGAUCACUGGCUACUCCAUCGAGCACGUCGUCGGGCUGCACUGCGGCUCCAUCCUGCAGGGCCCCGGGUCUAACAUGACCGCUGUUGAGACCAUGAGAAAGGCUGUUGAGACCGGCGGGUCUGCGUCGGUGGAGCUGAUGAAUUAUAAGAGAGAUGGCACGCCGUUUUGGAACUGGCUGCGCAUUCAUCCCGUGCCGCCAGGGUCGUCGUUCCUGCCCACGGACAAGAACCAGAGGUACUACUUUGGCAUUCUGUCUGACUGCACGGCGCGCAAGGAGAACGAGUGGCAGCUCGAGAGCAUGCGCAUGGCGGAGGUGGAGAGGGAGGCGAGCAUGCGAGCCAAGAGGCAGUUCGUGGCGAACAUAAGCCACGAGAUCCGCACGCCCAUGAACGCCGUGCUGGCGUGCGCGCAGCUGCUGCAGGACGCGCCCAACCUCACGCAAGACCAGGUGGAGCUCGUUCACAUGAUCUCAGGGGCGGGACAGCAGCUGCUGUCACUCAUCACCGACAUUCUCGACUUCUCCAAGCUGGACGCGGGGAAGAUGGAGAUGCACGAGAGGGAGGUGAGCCUGUGGGCGUGCCUUGACUUCUGCAUGGAGCUGCUCGUCCUCAAGUCGCAGCGCAAGGGCCUCGACCUCUCCUACAACGUCGACCCCUCUGUGCCGCAGUGGAUAUGGGCGGACGAGGUGAGGCUGAGGCAGAUCCUCACCAACCUGCUGUCCAACGCGGCCAAGUUCACGGACGAGGGCGGCCAGGUCGAGGUCUCCGUCUCCGCCACUCUGCUCCCCGACCCCGAGCGGGAGGAGGGGGAGCAGCAGCAGGGGGAGGAGGAGCCAUGGCGCGUGCUGCCGUGGUUUGAGAUCCAGUUCUCAGUGCGCGACACCGGCAUCGGCAUGCCGCCUGAAUUCGCCUCCGUCAUCUUUGAGGCGUUCACGCAGUGUGACAACUCACGAACGAGGCGCUACGAGGGCACGGGGCUGGGGAUGGCGAUCGCCAAGGACCUGUCGGAGCGCAUGGGGGGCCGCAUCUGGGUGGACACGGAGCUGGGCAUGGGCUCCACCUUCCACUUCACCAUCCACGCGCACGGCACCAUGCUCCAAGCCUCCAACAUGCUGCCCUCACUGCUCGCCAAUCAGGCAUCCGAGAGCGAUAAACCCUCCCACACACCCUUCCCCCUCCCUCCCGACUCCACCCCAACCCUGUCGCCCCUACACACGCUCUUCCUCACUCCUCCCAUCACCCCUCUCACGGGCAAGCGGGCACUGCUAGUGGGAGUGCCGCAGACAUUCCACCGCAUGUUAGGGUCCAUGUUAGCCGCGUGGGGGGUGUCGUGCACUGCUGUGCGCACCGUGGACGCGUUCUGGGAUCAGUGGACGGGUGAGGAGGGCGGGCUGGGGCGUGCCGCUGGGUGUAGUGAGAAGGAGCAGCAGAAGAGCCUGCUCAAGGUGUACCGGUCGGGUAGUUGGAGCGAUUUGCCGCUGUUUGGGUGGGCGGAUGACGAGGGUGAUGGGGAGAGUGAGGGGGGGAAGAAGCGAGCGGAGGGGAGAGGUGAUGGGGGGGAGAGGGUGAAGGGGUAUCCCAGGGCUAUGAGCACUCCCAGAGGGGUGUUUUCAGGGAGGGCGGACGGAGCAGGGUCGUCUGAACAAGAACGCACUGAUGAUGACGAUGACGAGGAGGGGGAUGGUGAUGGUGAUGGUGGUGAUGGUGGUGAUGGUGGUGAUGAUGGUGGGAAUGAGGGGGAGGAAGGAGUGGGGGAUGGGAAGCAGGAAGGGGAGGAAGGGGAAAGGGGGAGAGGGGAGGGGAAGGAGCGGAGGAAGCGGGGCGGAGAAGAGCUGUCGUUUCUGGCGCGGGUGCAGGCGAGGCAAGGGCAGCGCUUUGAUGUGGUGCUUGUAGACGGACCAGCAGUCACGAGCAGCAGAGGGUCUGGCGGGCAAGGGAGGUAUGGGGGAGCGUUGGCAUCAGCGCUGGCAGCGCAGCACGAGCAGGAGCGUGCGCUGCUGAUGAUGCAUCUGGGGUGUGCGUGUGCCGCCAUGGUGCCCACCUUCCUCUUCCUCUCCAAACACUCCAAGCGCCAGCUGCCCUUCGACCCCGCACUGCUGCGCAAGGUGGCGGUGCUGUCGCGGCCAGUGAGGGUGAACCAGCUGUACAAGCACCUCAUAGAGUACCUCGCCCCCUCCGCCCUCGCCAGCGUCCCUGCCGUCCCCGACUCCCCCCGCUACGAGACCCCCGCCUUCUUCGACGAGCCCUUGGACCUGCGGCCAGCGCCAUCAGCAGUGUCGCCGUCACCGGCACCGGCAGGGCUGUCGGGCAUCUCGGUGCCGUCCUCCUUCACUGGCUGCUCCUCCGCCCCCCUCGCCUCCCUGCCCGCCUCCAUCCCCACCUCCGUCUCCACCACAGGUCCGGCAGCAGGGUCGGACCCAGAGGAGGUGGCGAAGGCGGUGGCGCGGGACGUGGCAGCGCUGCGGGUGGCGGUGGUGAAGGAGCCCAUGCCGCUGGGCGUGGUGCGCGCAGAGCGCUCCAGCCCGCGCCCGGGGGACCUGCAGGUGCUCAUCGCCGAGGACAACAUCGUCAACCAGCGUGUGCUGCUGAAGCUGCUGAACGGCAUCGGGGUGAGGUCAUGCUACACUGCAAUCAAUGGACUCGAGGUGAUGCAGCGGCUGCGGCAGGUGACGGUGGAUCUGGUGCUCAUGGACGUGCAGAUGCCCGAGAUGGACGGCCUCACUGCCACCGCCUGCCUCAGAAGGGAGCUGCCGCCAGAGCAGCAGCCAGUGGUGGCAGCGCUCACAGCGGAUGUGGGAUCGGGAAUAGAGUCCGAAUCCGGUGUCAUGGAGGGUUCCUCGUCUCGGGAGGGAGGCAUUCAGCUCCUGUUAGCUGCAGAGCAAGAAGCGCAGAAGGUCGUAGCUGCAGCUCGUGCAGCCAAAACUGCUAGGUUGAGGCAAGCGAAGGAGGAAGCGGAGAGGGAAGCCGCUGCUUACCGCGCUCAACGCGAGGAGGAGUAUAGGAAGAAAAAGGCCGGGACGUCAGGCGACUCGGAAGCGACCGUGAAGCGGCUGGAAGUGCAAACAAGGCAGAAGAUUGAUCAGCUGACUAAGGAAGCGGGCAAUGUGUCGAAAGAUGUUACUGCAAUGCUCCUUGAUCUUGUGACAACAGUGAAGCAUUAA